CGGUUUAGCUCGUGCCGUAUAGCUGAGAGAGACCAAGAUGGGUUCAAGUCUGACCCGCAGCACUUUGCUCCAUGUCUUCCCCUCUCCCUCCCCUUUCCUGUCAAUCUUAAACAAUAAGACUAAGCUAGUAAGUCACAUUAGUUAAAAGAAGUUAUAGUGUGUCAUUAUAGAAAGAAAUUCCCCAAAUGCUUGGAGAAUCUAGCAAUCUUGUUGAUAUGAGAUCACAAGAUAAGUCUUUCCAAACUGUAUUUCAAAAUAACCAGGAAUGUCUUGAGUGCAGACUACACUACAGUGCACAGCCUCUUUACUCUUACUAUAGACAGUGAGCAUGAUCUAACUUAGUCCUGUGUGGCUUUUAUUUAUUUUAUUUUUUUCCAGAUCCGCUCUAAUGAAGAUAAAACAAGGAAGCUCUUUUACAGCAUCACUGGUCCUGGAGCUGAUCUGCCUCCUGCUGGCCGUUUCAAAAUGGACAGAGAGACGGGCAAUCUGUAUGUAACAGAGCCACUCGACAGAGAGGAAACACCCAAGUACACGUUUCUAGCACAUGCUGUGGCUGAUGGAGCAGGACAAGCUGAGGAUCCCAUGGAGAUUAUAGUCAAUGUGAUCGACCAGAACGACAACAAACCUUAUUUUACGGAGGAGUACAAAGCAGAUGUUGCUGAGGCCACGGCCACCGGUAUGUAUAGAAACCUUAUUGCCUCUGGACUUCUUUGGUGGUGGUCUUUGUUUUUGUUCCUGUGUAUAAUUCUUAUCCAUGAUGGAGUUUUCACCAAGUCCACUAUAUUGAAUGAAUCUUAAGAUAUUCAGAAAAUCAGAAUGACACCAAAAUCAACAGGGUAUGUGUUGGGUUGGAAAGAAAUAAGCAGACUUUUUGCAGCAAGU